AUGCGGGUCGAGGUCUUUUUAAUCGUUGGCACGCUCGUGGUCUCCACUAGUUGCGGGUGGAGAUCGACGGCCGGUGAAACAGGGGUCCACGAGACGUCGAGAAACCGGACUGGCUUCCUGCCGGAGUUGACCAUCGGUCUGAUAGUGCCGCACACGAACUUCGGCGCACGGGAGUACACGAAAGCUGUGAAUCGUGUGGUGGGGAACCUUCACAAGGAACACGCGAAGGACCAGACGAUGUUCACAUUUCUGGACAAAUACGAUUUCAAGCAGGACCAGGUCAAGCUGACCAUGAUGACGCUCACGCCGAGUCCAACAGCGAUUCUGCACUCGCUAUGCAAGGAAUUUCUGCCGAUGAACGUGACAGCCAUCUUGUACCUGAUGAACUACGAACAAUAUGGUCGGAGUACCGCCAGUGCUCAAUAUUUCCUACAGCUGGCCGGUUAUCUGGGAAUUCCGGUGAUUGCGUGGAACGCCGAUAACUCGGGAUUAGAACGGAGAGCGUCCCAGAGCAACUUGCAGCUACAGCUGGCGCCGUCGUUGGAGCACCAAACGGCAGCGAUGCUGAGUAUCCUCGAGAGGUACAAGUGGCACCAGUUUAGCGUGGUCACCUCGCAGAUCGCCGGACACGACGAUUUCGUGCAGGCGGUCCGUGAGCGUAUCUCGGACAUGCAGGACACCUUCAAGUUCACGAUACUGAGCGCAAUCUUGGUCACGGAGCCGCACGAUCUGCUCGAGCUGGUGAACAGCGAGUCUCGGGUGAUGUUGCUGUACUCGACCAGGGAAGAGGCAACGCGUAUUUUGAAGGCCGCCCACGAUUACAAAAUCACCGGAGAGAAUUACGUGUGGGUGGUUACGCAAAGCGUCAUCGAGAACUUGCAGACGCCCAGCCAGUUUCCGGUCGGGAUGCUUGGUGUGCAUUUUGACACGAGUACUGAAAGCCUGGUGAACGAAAUCACCACCGCGGUCAAGGUGUACGCGUAUGGAGUCGAGGACUUUCUGAACGAUCAGGGAAACGCGCAUCUCAGUCUGAACACUCAUAUCGGCUGUGAAGGCAGUUACGGGGAAUCUCGAUGGAACACUGGGGACCUGUUUUUCAAGUACUUGAAGAACGUGUCGGUCGAGCUAGACCAUGGAAAACCCACCGUGGAAUUUACUCAGGACGGUGUCUUGAAAGCGGCACAGCUGAAAAUUAUGAAUCUACGUCCCGGCGUGAGCAAACAACUCGUUUGGGAGGAG